AUGGAUUUCUCCAUUGGCACAUCUUCAGGCUCAUCACUGAUAGAGAACUCAGGCUCUGAAGAGGACUUGCAGGCAUUGACGAAGAGGAGGAGAACAAUAUCGGACCCCGAAUCGGCUCGACGGUCCAGGUUGAGGAAGAAGAAGCAUUUGGAAGAUCUGAUGUAUCAGAUUGGUGAGCUUAGCAACAGAUUGCAAUCUCCCAAUGAGAAUGUUGAUGCAAACAAUUGUGAAACUGCUUUUGAAAGAUUAUCUCUCAAUGAUAAUUAG